AGGCGGCCUGGCGUUACAAAAUGGCGGCCUGGAGCGCGCUCGGCGCCGUUCCCCCGGCGGUCUCCGGCUGAGGGGGCGGCUCCGCUCGCUGCCGAGCGCCGACAGACGAGCCCCUGGGGGACAUGGUGUGUGAGACCCCGGGCUUGCUGGCCUCCGAGUGCUUCGAGGAUCCCCGCGCCCCGGGAGCGGCCAGGUGCGCUCACCCGGCGACCGGCCGCCGCCGCCGCGCCCCGGAGCUUCGCCGUGCCCGCCGCCCAGCGAGUUCCGCGGCAGCCGCCCCGGAGCUUCGAAAAAAUGGCCAAAAGAAUUGCUGAGAAGGAAUUGACCGAUAGGAACUGGGAUCAAGAAGACGAAGCCGAAGAGGUGGGGACGUUCUCAGUGGCCAGUGAGGAAGUCUUGAAGAAUAGAGCCAUAAAGAAAGCAAAGCGUAGGAAUGUUGGAUGUGAAUCGGAUGGUGGAGGGGCCUUCAAAGGCUUUAAAGGGCUGGUGGCGCCCUCUGCAGGAGGAGGGUUUUCUGGAUUCGGCGCUUGUGUUGGAGGGAAGCCUUUGGAAGGACUGUCCAACGGGACCAGCAUGACUGGUGCCGCGCCCUUCUCCGGGGCGAGAGCUGCGGCCGAGACCAAGGUGGCCUUUGGAUCUGUUGCUGCAAACGGCCCCGCCUCCUUGGCUGAUGGGAAGCUUUCAAAUCCCAGACGGAACAGCGGCAGUCAGCAGUCCUCCGGGCUGGCCUCCAGCACCGCCUCCCUGGGGAGCGCCUACCACAAGCAGCUGGCCGCCCUCAACUGCUGCGUGCGGGACUGGAUCGUGAAGCACGUGGAUGCCAACCCGCUGUGCGACCUGACGCCCGUCUUCAGGGACUACGAGAGCUACCUGGCGGGCAUCGAGCAGCAGCAGGGCGACAGCGGGAGCAGCGGCUCUGAGCAGAAAUCUAGCCAAAUGUCACUCGACUCUCAGGCUCCCUCCCUGUUUGGUUCCGCCAAGUCCCAGCAGGAGUCGACGUUCCUGUUCCACGCGGAUAAAACUGAGGGCGCCUCCGGAAAGAAGACGGCGGCAGAGCCUGAGAAAAAGGGGGACCUGUCGCUGGGAGUGACAAGUGCCUCGUUUAGUUUCGGCAAGAAGAUGGACGGGUCUGUGCUGGACUCCUUAAACUCUGGCCCCCUGGCUGGGUUUUCCUUUUCUUCUGGAAACGCCAGUUUGUUUGGCAAAGACAUUGCCCAGAGUAAGCCGGCUGCUUCACCCUUCUCCGCCCCAGGACUGGAGAGCCAGGCGGGUGGCGGCAGCGCGGGCUGCAAAGGUGGGGAAGAGGAGGAAAGUGACGAGCCGCCCAAAGUAGUGGUCACGGAGGUGAAGGAAGAAGAUGCUUUUUACUCCAAAAAGUGCAAACUUUUUUAUAAGAAAGACAAUGAAUUUAAAGAGAAGGGUGUAGGAACUCUGCAUUUAAAACCUACGGCGAAUCAGAAGACACAGCUGUUGGUGCGGGCAGACACCAACCUAGGCAACAUCCUGCUGAACGUGCUGGUCCCGCCCAACAUGCCGUGCACGCGCACGGGGAAGAACAAUGUGCUGAUCGUGUGCGUGCCCAACCCCCCGGUGGACGAGAGGAAUGCCGCCGCCCCCGUGCCCAUGCUGGUCCGCGUCAAGACCAGCGAGGACGCCGACGAGCUGCACCGGCUGCUCCUGGGCAGGAAGGACGACGCCAGCCCGCCUCCUUAGUCAGUUUCUCCCUCCGCCGACAUUCUGAGGACUUUAGGUAACUUAAACCCUGUGCGAAAGAUUAAUAUGGCCAAUAAACCUUUCCUGUUUAGUGUUAAGAGCUGUCUAGCGUGUAAACUACAUUGGAGAGACAUUUGGGGAUUUUUAAUGUUCAUUUAUUAGGUUAACCACAAGUGAUUUCUUAACGGACUGAAAUCAGGGUAUCACUGGAUUUCCCAAAGCUUUUCCCACGGGGGUCUGGGCAAGGCUCCGGGUGGGCGUCAGGAGGGCCUGGCCCUGCCCUUCCGCCCGUGGGCAUGGCCAGCCGAGGCCAGCAGAGGGCCCGAGCCCUCCCGGGGGCGCCGCCCUGCCGACGGCUGUGCUUGCUUCUAAGUGUUCUUCCAGAGCGUCCCACAGGCCACCCUCUGCGGUGCUCCGCAGCGCGGCCCGGCCUCCCAGCAGCCGCAGGGCCGGGCCUGCCGCUCCUCUCACGGGGAAGCAGGACCUGGUGUUCGGUUUUGGAGUUGAUUCAUGAGGUGCUGGUGCUGGUAGUUCCUUCUGUGCUCCCCUCAUGACAGACGGAGAAAGGGGGCUGCCAGGUGAGAUUUAAAAGCACAGAUUUGGUCGCUCACGCUUUGUGCGUGACUGUGUUUGUGGCGGCGAGCCCUGUGGGUCACCUGCUAAGGCCGGGAGCUUCCGGGGCAGGGCCGUGAGCGCACCAGCCCGGAGGGGACGUGAGUGUGCACGUGCUGCCUUCAGCUUGGACACGGUAUUCCACAUUCGCCACCCAGUUCCCGGCCCUUUGCAGUGAGUUGUUCAGGGUUGGCACAGGAAUGCCACGUCGCCUCCCCAGGCUGUGGGAGCUCAGCCAGCGUGCCCGCACAUAGCACGUGGGAGACGCGGCUCUGGGGGUUGAAAUGCCCAAGUUCCCCAUUCAGUUAGCGCGGCGCCAGGCGACUUGUUUCAGGCUCGGUGGGUGCCUGGGGCUCACGCAGUAUGUUCUGGCCUUCAGCACAUCUGACUCAGAAAAGGGGAGUCACGAUAGUUAUAAAUCGUGUCGUUUUUUCUUAAAGAAAACAACUAAUAUUUAGGUGUAAAGGGGCGGGGAAAUGUGAUCAAAUAACAAAUACUGGAGGUCAGGUGACUGCUCUGUCUGUUAACAGCACAGGCUGGCGGGCAGGCGGGGUGAGCACGCAGACCGCCUGCUCGCGGUGAGGGGUGGGCCAGCUCUCCUGCAGCCCAGGCAGAAGCCACAGUGGCCUUAGCAUCUCUGCUUAGCUUGAGGCUGUUGGUGUGCUCUUGCGACAGGUGGUGAGUAAUAGACCAGCGGUUAAUGCUGUUACAGGGGUCCUGCCCCGCCCCUGCCCUGGGCACGUUGGUUUAUCUGUGAAGGAGGAGGAAGUACGGGUUUCCACGUCAGGGCCUCACACCGUGCUCCCAGGCCCUCCCUCCCGGAACAGCACGGCUCAGUGGGACCCUGUGGUCACGGGCAUCGAGGUCAGCUUUUGCAGACUGGUGAUGGCUGUAUGUGCGCUUACCUCUAACAUUCCCAGCAAACUCGCUGCUGAAACUGUUCAAGUGAGAAUUACAGGGCAAAUGUGACGUGUGUCCCAUAACCCAAUGUAACAUUUUCUUACAGUUCCUACGCUUUAGGCUCUUGGCUUCACUGUAGUGGGUGCUGGUGUGCCAGCGCCCGGAAGUGUACGACCUCACUGUCGCCCAGCCCCUCGCGUGUGGCCUUUCCCCCCGUGGCGGGACAGCUUCCCCUCCCCAUGCGGCCACGCUCACCUGUAACCGCGUGUGAGAAACAAGUCUGUAAAGUGUUUAAUGUGGACUGAGAUGUCCAUUUGGGUUGAAGAACCUGUGAAGCGUGUUUUAUCUGUGGCCUGGAGUGGGUGUGCCUAGCUUUUGUUUGAAGUGGGUGUUGUUGCAUCUUGACAAACACUGAGCAUCCCAGUGGCCUGUUUUCACCCUGGUGUCCUCCUCCUCCUCUUGCGCUUACCCAGUAGGCGAAACACUGCAGGGGCUCCUUUGUUGUUAGACUUAGAGACAGAAUUCUGUGUCCAGGUGGUUUUUGAUUUAGUUUUAAUUCCAUAGAGAGGAAGGGAGAGGGAGAGAGAGAGAGAGAAACAUCAGUGAUAACAGAAAAGCAUUGAUUGAGUUCCUCCUGCACGCCCCCUACUGGGUGUCAAGCUCCAAACCCAGGCACAUACCCUGACCAGCAAUCAAACUGUGAUCUCUUGGUUCAUGGGUCCACACUCAGCCACUGAGCCGCACCAGCCGGGAGCAUCAGGUUUUAAAGAAGUUGUGUUUCCUAGAGGAACAACUCUGACUGUUUAGGAACUGGUUUUCUUUGAAAGGAUGACCGUUUUACGACUUCAAACCCAAAUCCUAUUUUUGAUAUGCUGCAUGCCAAAAAUACCUACCUACUGUCGUUUAGUUCAGACCAGUGCUCCCUGAGAAAGGUGGGGGUGGGGGCGGAAUUCUGUUAGUCAUAUUCUGGAACAGCCGGCAGUGCACUCGAGGCUUCGCACACCAAGUGGCUCCCUCCCAGACCCCCAAGUCCAUUCUCAUUCUGAACGGAGGCUUUGAAGUAGAAACGGGGCCGCCCUGUGCUGCCCGAGGGGACGGAGCCUCUCGGCAAACAGGCCUCAGCCCCGCCCUGGGCACAAGGCCGCUCGGAAGUACCUGGUCUUGGGCCCAGGGCUCUCCCAGCAGACCAGUGGUAACGGAGGAACGCUUACUUCCUCGCCAUCAGGUGGAUAAUGUUUGCUUUGUUUGAAAUAGGAAACUUCUUUAAUACUUGAAUUGUCAGCCCAUGUAAUCCCAGUCUGUGCCAGUUUUUGGAUUAUCCCAUUGAGGACAUGUAACAACCCAGGAAAUGUGAAUAAAUGGAGAGGAAACAAAA